GAGGGACCACGUCGGAAAGCGGAACGAACAAAUCGAUAACAGAGAGCAAACCCCACUAGAAACGUUGUGGAAAUCGAGAACGUCAUAUGAUCACUGGUGCAAAAGUUUGAGCUGCAAAAUGGCACGGGUGAUUUUCCUCCUAUUUUCGCUGUUUGUCGCAGCUAACUGUGAUCAGCUGUCGAUAGUUUACGCACCAAAGGCCCUGGAAUUCCACGGCCAUUCCCGGUUGGAUGCCGAAUCCGUGUCGGAUGUUUUCGGUGCCGCCCUCGGUUACUCUGUGUCGCACCCUACCGAGUGGGAUGGACUGAUCGUGAAGGAUCCCUUCAACAUGGCCAAUGGUGCAGUUGUGGUCGUUGCUGAGGGCCUAGAUCGACUCUCGCUGGAUGGAGCUCAAACUUACGAACUGUAUGGAUCCGGAUCUGAUUCGAUUGGAGAACUGGUCCAAAAGUCAGCUGACCACAACGGUGUGAGCUUUGAGAUUGAUCUGAAGGAAUCGGCGGACAGCUUCUCCACUCCGAUGGGAACCGUCCAGCCGGAUGACGAUGACGUCGAGCUCCAGUACCUGAAGCCAAAGUCGAACAAGGCCGAUUCGGAUUUCAUGCGUCAAAUUGCUUUCAUCAACGGAUUGAGUGAUUUGCUGGUCACCUCCACCGAUGAGAACGUGCCAACUGUCCACAUCGUUCGGAUGUCGUUUGAAGCUCUCCUGGCUGCCCAUGAACCGUCAUCCCAAGCUGUGCAAGAAGCCAAGAAGCUACUGGCCAACGCCAUGCUUGAACUGCAAACCGCAGCGGAAAAGGCUUUCGAUGGAGCCGUUGUCGUUGGUUUGAUUACUUCCACUGAGGCGCCACUGAUCCGCUCCAAACGACAGGCCACGGAAACCGAGGAUGACAAUCCGUUGAACAUCGCUUUGAAGUACGACAGCAACUAUCCGGUGAUCUUCAACAUCAUCCUGUGGUUCAGCGUCAUCCUAGUCUUCUCACUGCUGGCCAUCUCGAUUGCCAUCGCCACCAUGGACCCGGGCAGGGACUCCAUCAUCUACCGCAUGACCUCCACCAGAAUGAAGAAGGACAACUAAACGCGUCCAUGGGCGUCCUUCACAUUCUGUUUUCUUCAUCCCCACAUCGGAGAGAGCCAAACGAUGAUAUUGGUGUCAUUAGCGAAUCACUCGCGCCCCCCAGAAAAAAAAGUAUUAGCUCAACUGUAAAUUAUCGAUCAAGCAGUGCAAAUAGCUUCUCUUCUUUUGUUCCGUUGUAGUAAAUAAAUCGCGGAAAUCAUUUGAAAGUGCACAACAGAAGUCCUCUCUCCGUCACUUCAUUCGAUCAAAAGAGACAUACAAUCUGUGGUUCUCAUCUAAAGUCUUUUACUUUGACUUAGCCUGUAGCAGUUUAAGUAAGUACCUACAAUUUGUAUAGAAAAGUGCAGUACAUUAACUUAAUGGUAUUUGAAAACUUUGCACACCAAAUCGCAUUGUUUCGUUGUUGUUGUAAUUUUGAUUUUUAAUUUGAAGAGCGUAACGUAAAAUAAAGGGAAAACAUUCCACCCCUAGAAAAUAAAA